AUGAACGUCAACCUCAACAUCAACAUGAACAUGGUGUGCUGGUCGCAACAACCAUCCACAGUAUAUGCCAUCUGUACCGCACCCCUCAUAGCACCCAGGCCUCUGCCAUACCAUUCACCGACAUUUCUGCAGUUCCAAUCGUUGCCUGGCCUGGACCAGGACCUCUCUCAUCCUCCAUACACCUCCCGUCCCAAAGAACCGGUCUCUGUCGUGCGCCGAUCCAAGGACAAGACGCGACAGAAUCCGUAUCCGCAGCCAGGCAGCAGGCCACGACUUGCCCACACGAAGCAAACAUAG